UUCAUUUCAUUUUCUAAAUCUCUCUUUCUCUACCCAUUUGUCUAAUCUUUUUAAUCAAUCUUCCCCCCUUGACUUUUCAAUGAAUUUGAAGAAGCUCAAGCUAGAAUAAGAUGGGGAGAGGAAAGAUUGUGAUUCGAAGGAUCGAUAACUCAACCAGUAGGCAAGUCACUUUCUCCAAACGAAGGAACGGAUUAUUAAAGAAAGCCAAAGAGCUUUCCAUUCUUUGUGAUGCUCAAGUUGGUCUUAUAAUCUUUUCUAGCACUGGCAAGCUCUAUGAAUUCUCAAGUACCAACAUGAAAUCUAUAAUCGAGCGAUACAACCAGUCAAAGGAGGACCAACACCAUCCAAUAAUGAAUGCAACUUCGGAAGGCAAGUUCUGGAAAAGGGAGGCAGCGACCUUGAGGCAUCAAUUGCAAAACUUGCAAGAAAACCAGCGGAAAUUGAUGGGUCAAGAGCUAUCCAGUUUGAGCGUUAAAGAGCUACAAAAUUUGGAAAAUCAACUGGAAAUAAGUUUGCGUGGUGUCCGUAUGCAAAAGGACAAAAAGCUUACCGAUAAGAUACACGAACUAAACCGAAAGGGAAACCUCCUUCACCAAGAAAACAUGGAACUAUUAAAUAAGGAACACCAUAUACGUCAAGAAAACAUGGACUUGUUGAGAAAGAUUAAUGAAGCGAGAGAUGCACAUGAGACAAAUAGGAUUUCUCAUGCUCCAAAUGGCUUUAAUCUUGAAGAAGAUGAAUGCAUCAAACUUCAACUAAGCCAACCACAACAACAAGACUAUUCCACACCAGCAAACCCUAGAACACUAAGCAGACUAAAGCUGCAAUGACGAACUGGAACUACAAAUUUCUAGCCAAAACACUUGUUUGCCUCUGAACUUAAUAAAGUAAAACUUGAAAAUGAGUUUUGUUUCGUAGUCUCCUUAGUCUGGUGUUCGCC